AUAGAUAGAUAGAGAUAUGGAUGCAUCGCAGAAUGCAAUUGGGGGGACCGUGAGUAAUCAAACUAACGAUGCAGCUGCGGUGGCAGCUGAUGAGGCGAAGCAGAACCUAAACCAAGUUAUUAACUCAAUUCAGAAGACUCUUGUUCUGCUCCACCAGCUCUACCUCACUGUCUCUUCAUUUAAUGCUGCUUCGCAGCUGCCUCUCCUUCAACGACUGAAUUCUUUGGUUACGGAGCUUGACAACAUGGCUAAAUUGUCUGAGAAGUGCGAAAUUGAGGUUCCGAUGGAAGUCCUUAAUUUGAUUGAUGAUGGAAAAAAUCCGGAUGAAUUCACGAGGGAUGUUAUAAACAAUUGCAUUGCUAAAAAUCAGGUCACCAAAGGAAAAACUGAUGCUUUCAAGAGUUUACGUAAGCAUCUUUUGGAGGAACUUGAGCAGACAUUUCCGGANACUGCUGCUAAUAUUUCUCAAUGCAAUUAA